AUUGACUACAAUUUAUCUUGCAAUGUCCGUAUAACUCAACAAACCCGAUCCCAUCUUCCGUCUGAGUCGGUCCUCCACGACCCUCACAGGAGGCGUGGAAAUCAUGAAAUGGAGGCUCAAGAAAGACGCGUCGAAUCGCGUUGGCCGUAAUCGCGGCUCGAAACCCAUGCUUCUCGAGUAUCGUUCCUCGAAGACGUUCAUUAUCUUUGCCAUGUGCUGGUGUGUCUUCACUGAUGUCUUUCUGUAUGGAAUCAUCGUUCCGGUCAUCCCAUUCGCCUUGCAAAACCGGGUACAUGUAGCCCAUGCCGAUACACAGCAUUGGGUCUCUGUCCUACUUGCCGUAUAUGCGGCGGCAUUGCUCUUUUUCUCGCCAAUCUUUGGUGUCCUGGCCGACUGGCUGAAUUCCCGACGCACCACCUUGCUUGCAGGCCUUGUCAUCCUGACCGGCUCAACUCUUAUGCUAUGCUUGGGAAGGACCAUCCCGGUCCUCGUGGUGGGCAGAAUGUUGCAAGGUGCUUCGGCAUCUGUUGUCUGGGUGGUCGCCCUAGCCUUGAUGGCAGACACGGUCAGUGAGGAGGAAUCAGGCAAAGCCAUGGGCUAUGUCGGCCUUGCCACCUCGUUGGGCGUCCUGGUGGCACCACUGAUUGGUGGUGUUGUCUACAAGAGGGUGGGAUACUAUGCUGUGUUUGGGGUAACAUUUGCUGUUAUUGCCGUUGACGUCGUGCUACGCCUUGCACUCAUCGAGAAAAAGGUUGCCCAAAAGUGGUUGGAGCCGGACGCAUCUACCAGCACUCUAUCAGCACAACCCAGUGACGUCCCGCUACAAGUUGUCGUCGAUGAGUCUCAAACGAUUGCAGAGAAGAAUGCUGCCGGCAACAACACCGAGCCUCCCGUGCAGCCAGCCAAGCGAAAGCUACCGACGAUCCUCAUCCUUCUCAAGUCCCGUCGGAUUCUCGUGGCUUUCUGGGGUAGUAUGGUUGUUGCCAUGACCAUGACGGCCAUCGACGCAACACUGCCCCUUUUUGUGAAUCAGAUUUUCGGGUGGGACUCCCUGGGGGCCGGCCUUGUCUUCCUCGCCUUGAUCGCGCCCAGCUUUGUAGGUCCUGUGGUCGGACAUUAUACUGACAAGUACGGCCCUCGAUGGAUCGCCGCGUCUGGUCUCUUGUUGUCCGUUCCUUUCUGGGUCUUGCUCAGGUUCAUCGAGCACGACAACACUGGUCAAAAAGUCCUUCUAUGUGUUCUCUUGGUGCUCCUCGGAGGGGCCAUCACCCUGGUCAUGAUUUCGCUCAUGGCGGAAUUCAGUAAGGUCUGUGACGCCAAGGUGCGACAGGAGCCCAAUUUGUUCGCUGGCAAGUCGGUGUAUGCUCAAUCCUACAGUAUAUUCAAUUCGGCCUGGAGUUGUGGCUCGUUGCUUGGACCUUUGAUAGCUGCAGCAAUCAGGUCUGGAGCAGGCUGGAAAACCAUGACGUGGACCAUGGCCAUUUUCUCUGCGGUGGGAAUCCUCCCUACAUUUCUGUACUCGGGAGGUGUGAUAACGAGAAGCAAGAGAGCUCAUCGCAAUGGUGAGGGUAUGGUCGGUGAUGGGGACGCAUGAAAUUUGAGCUUGUCGAGUUGAAUUGGCGAGCCGGCAUCCAGAAAAAGUGGCAACGCCUUACGGCUACAGGUCUCCAGACUCGGAGCGACGAGACUCCUUUAAAUCUGUCCGAGAG